UCCUUCUCUCCUUCUGAGAUGAGAUGUUACCAACCAUGGCCUAAAGGGCUAAUCUGCUUCAUGAUGAUACAUCACUCUCCUCUGGUGGCAAGCACUAGUGGUUAACGGUGGUGUAGCCCUUCAAGGCCUUGAUGGUUUCCGUUCCAGUCAAGUCGUUUUCACCCUCUCUCUCUUUCCUCCACUCUAUGUGCAACAAUUUCUAUCUUUUAUCAUCUUGCCUUGUAGUGUCAGCAAAAAGUGAUGCGCACCCACAACAAGGGGACAUUGUGAGAGACUGAGAGUACUGAAUUUUAAAUCGCCCCUUGUCAGGUUCAGAGCGUUGCUGCUAUUAUAUGGAUGUAUUGAAUGUGCCACACCACACCACACUCUCCCUAGCUGGACACUGCGCACACCCCCCCUUAAAAGUUAGUGUUCCAUACAGCAGUUUGCUAACCAUAGUGACGGUUAGAUGUGGACAUUGUGCUAAUUUGCUAUCAGUUAACAUGGGAGCGUCCCUUCAACCAUUUCCUCCACAAGACCCUCAGUCACAGAAACCGCACCUAAGCUUUGAAGAACCAAGCAGCAAGGAACUGGGAUCCUCAUCUUCAAAAUGUAACAAAAUAGCGCCAUUUGAGACAGUAGAGCAUGAACAGCCAAGGAUUCCUCCCAUUCGUCCCACAGAAAAGAGACAUCGUGUGCCUUCUGCUUAUAAUCGGUUCAUUAAGGAGGAAAUCCAGAGGAUUAAGGCUAGUAAUCCAGAUAUCAGUCACAGGGAGGCUUUCAGCUCCGCAGCAAAAAAUGUUUAUAUGUGUACGCAGUGGGCACAUUUCCCUCACAUUCACUUUGGGUUAAAGCUGGAUGGUAACAGUGAAGGAAAGUUGGAGCAGGGAGAAGGUGGUGAAAAGACCAAUGGAUUCUACUGAUAUAAAUGGAAGCCUGUGAGUAUGAGCUUGUUUUUUUCAUGCUUGACCUAAAUCAGUGAAAAUGAGGUUGAUCAAAUUUCCCAAUCGUACAACUGGAUGGGAGAUUCCUGCAAAUUAACCUCACCCUCUCUUUCUCUCUCUCACCAAUGUUUAAUAGUACAUGUAUUGCCAUUUUCUAUAUAUAUAUCUCCUUGUUAUGAAAUGAUUGCCAUUCUUGUGAUUGCAUUUAUUGUGUUGAAUUUCAGCAGUCCUUAAGUAAGCAACACCUUCCUCUCUCUAUAUAUCAUAAUGAUGAUGUUCCUUCACUCAUCAUCAUAAUAUCUAGUGUUUGAGUGUGUUUUAAAUCUCUCUUACAUAAAGAGAAAACAUGUUUACAUUUAUGUACCGUUUAAUUAAAUGAUUUAUUCUUUUUGUG